CCCACAACGAAGACACAUUCUCUCCCAAUUCUUGAGAUAAUGAAUUCGAUGUUCAGUGCCUUCGAUGCCAUAUCCGCAGAGAUCAUGGGGAAGAAGGUCACCGCUGCGUCUUACGUCUGCAACCCCACUGAACGCAACGCUGCUUCUUCCGGCCUUGGCGGUGGUCAAACCGCGUCUUCCCUGAAGAAAGUCGACGAAGCUACCAAUGUGGCGAAGAAGCAGCCGAGGUAUGCGCUGGAGUUCGACGGGAUUCAUUGCUUCGAGACCAUUGUUCGUUCUUGAUUCCAACCAAGAUCACAUCUUUCGCUGAGUCUUUUUUUUUUUUUUUUGUCGGAUGCUUACAUCAUGUAAAUACUCUUUUGGAAAAUUUACAAAUUCUUAAUUAUAAUCAUUCUUUUCUGAUUGAUUCAUCUGUUUUUGCGGUUUACCAUUGUUUCGUUUAUUAAAGAUGUAUAUAUAAAUAAUACUUUUUUAUUCUUCUAACCAAC